CAACACUGUGUAGCACAUGCUGUGGCUAAUGUGAGACGGUUCUGGGGCGAUAGAGAUUGGGCUACUGUUUUAUCUUGGUGUUCCCGAGUCACAAAUCAGACACAGUGGAUCAUACUCGAGUGAAGAAGAGAAGAGAGUGGCUGGUUUACUGUACUGCCUCCAGACUGUACCUGGUGUGUCGUGGGGGAGGAUAUAUAGCUGGUGUGUUAUGGUUCCUGGAGGAGCACACGGCCCUGGAGACUGUCAGACAAUACCUAGCUACCACACACACAGGAUCUCAGCCUCUCUCUCUCUCCAACCUGGCGUCAGCUCUGGACUCUUUACCUAGUACUCUGUGGAGGGACUUUGGUCUGGAGAUGGAUGUGCCAGGGUCCAUCCGGAAUAAGAUAGAGUCUCAGUUGUCCCGGUCAAAGGAGAGGAAAGCAGAAGUGCUCAAAGUGAUUUCAACUGAACAUCCUCACCGGACAUGGGAGCAUGUGUCAGAUGUCCUCUACCAGCUGAGAGGUGGAGGGUAUCACCAUGUUCUAGAGAGAGUCCUGUCCCUAUUCCCCACUGGAAGAAGACGUGCCAAGAAGAUCUACCAAGAAGAAAUGAAGCGAGGAGUCACCAAACGGAAACUAACUAAACUGGUUAUGGUGGGGAUUGCUGGCAGUGGGAAAUCAACGUCUCUACAGACAGUGAUUGAGGAGGAGCCACUGGCAGAAGACCAGCACACACUCCUGACGAGACCCGUUAAAACAGAGGUGGUUUUCGUCCAGGACAAGGUCCACUGGAAGAAGAGGAACCCGGAAGAGAAGAAGAAAUACAUUGCCAGCCUCCUGCGAGAGCGGGCCCAGCGACUAGGCCAAGCAUCUCUCAACAGCCAAGACCAAGCGUCCCUCCCCACAUUUGCUCUGUCUUCCCCAGCCCAGCCCAGUCCAGCCCAGCCCUCAUCCUCAGCCCAGCAGCCACACAGCCAGUGAAAACCGCUGACAGUCUCACUAAAAACACAUCGACAGCCAUUCCUGACAGGUCAUCCAGAGCAGCCCCAGUGGAGGUGACACUGGAGUCCCCGCUGCAGUCAUCUGAGGACGACCAAGAGUACAUCUCCCUCAUCAACAUCCCCAGCGACUCUCACGAGACGCUCCUGGACGAGACGGUGGUAUACGUCGUGGACAGUGGAGGACAGCCCGAGUUCAUGGAAGCCAUGGCCGUGUUCCUUGGCGAGACGUCGGCCUGUGUGUUGGUGAUGGACCUGUCACAGUCACUGGACGAACACCCUCAGAUUGGCUACUGGCGCAGGGGCAAGGCUGUCUCCAAGCCCUACCGCUGCAUCCGAACCAACGAAGAGAACCUGAAGAAGUUCAUCCAAACCAUCAACACGUUCACCUCCAAAACGAAGGGGCUGCCCUCAAUGCUGCUCUUCCUAGGCACACACCGCGACCUGGCAUACAAAUGUCUCCCCGAAACGGUGGCAGACAAGAAUGAGCGGCUGAUCCCGCAAAGUUUGAGAAGCAGAUCACCCAACAGGACAAGAAGACGCUAAUCUUCCAGAUCAAUGCCCUGAAUCCAGACGACACGGACAGGAAGACAGCGGAGAAGGUUCGGAGCUACAUCUUGGAGCUGUGCCCGGCAAAGCAAGUGGAGAUCCCGGUGAGAUGGGACGCCUUCGAGGAGAAGCUGCGAAGCCUGGCCAAGGAUCUGGGGAGGCAGGUGAUGAGUCGCGAUGAAUGUUGGCGUGUGGCCCAGUCUCUGGGGCUGGAGGAGGACUCCUUCGACACAGCCCUAGAUUUCUUCCACAACUGGAGCCUCAUGUUUUACUUCCGCGACAUCCUCCCCGAAGUGGUGUUCAUCGACCCACAAGUCAUUCCGGAUAAGGUCUCGGAGCUGGUGGUGUUCAUGUUUGAGUCGGAAGAGGAAGACAAGAUGGACAAGGCAGCAGCCAAAGACCAGACUCCUGGACCAGACACUGACAAGCCAGAGCCAACCUCCACCAGCACAGACGGCACGCCUCUCGAGAAAGCAGUCACCACCUCCUCCCAGACAGCAGACGAGUCUCUCCUCCCUCUAGGCUGGCAGCAGUUUAAGAAAUUUGGACACGUGAGGCCUUCCAGGAGGACAAGCGAUUCAGCAACCACUACCUCCACCGGAUCUUCAGCUGCAAGGAUCUGAUCCACCUUCUGGAGGAGCUGCUGGUGUUUGCCAAACUGGAGAGUGGGGAGGGUCCAGAGACCUGGUUGAUGUCGAGUGUCUUGAGACAAGUGGCGGAGGAGAACGUAAAGGAAGUGUGCAUGUUGGUCGGCCCCCUAGUGGUAGACUUCCCCGACGGAGGUCCCCAGAACGGAAUCUUCUGCUCACUAAUGGCCCAUGUCCUGUCUCCCCAGCACCCUCACCCCCCACCCCUGGAAACUCCACCUCUCUUCCAACCUGCCAAAGUGUUUGUAUCGCAACUGCAUCCAGUUUCAUGUUCCAGAUUUCGGUUCCGUCACUCUGGUGGAUCACUUCCAGUACUUUGAGGCCCACAUCUCAGACACCACUAGUGUGGAAGAGGAACAGAAACUAUGGCAACA